UGGGCAAGAGGGUCCGGGUCAAUGGGUUCCAGAGAUUCAGUGACCAGGGUCCACAACACCCACCAUCACAACUAAAAGCACCACACCACAACCACCAAAACACCAUCAUUGCUAACCACAACAACUACCACAUCACCAAACACGAUCUUAACUGCCAUCAUGGCCAAAACAUCACCAAAACCACCACACGAUCACAUCAUCACGACCACAACAUCAGCACACAGCCACGACACCAGACACGUUCGUCAUCGCUACCAAUAUUCAUCAUCACCAUCAUAACCACAAAAGUACAACCACCACACCACGAACCUCAGCAUCGCCACUGCCACAACACGAUCAGCACCACCACCAAGCGGGCCACAACCGCAUUGCAGCACCAGAUCGCGUGCCGCCACCACCACCAGCAGCCACCACUAGGGGUCAAUGUUUACCAUUGACGGCCGGGGUGGUUUUGACUGAGGCCUUUAUCGUCACCACAGCCUGUAGUCUUUUACUUUAAACGUGAGACUUAUUCUGUACGUUACCUUGGUUACGAGGACCACUGUUGUCAGUACAGUGGCGGUGUGAAUGGGAGUUGAGGCCAGGAGCCGUGUUCAUGUUUAUAAAAUGUUCACAUUCCCCUCAACUCGCCGCUUUAAAUAGCAAAAACUAAGGGGGGAAAUGACACUUCAAGUACCAGAUGCAACAACCCACUGAGUUAUAGACGGCUGCUUAAAAAGCCAAGAUUUCGUGAACAUCUACCUCAACUCGCACUCGAGACUUUAACCCGCAAGGUAAAAGUUUACACUUGCCGCGCGUGUUUCUCGCAAGCCUCUGGCUCAGGCCGCGUUCGUAGCCCUUUAAAAAAAAAACACAACGAGCAGACCUGAGGGCGAAUAUCUGUGAGUAGAAGUCGUCGUGCGAGAUGGAGGAGGCCUGCUUCGGGCGCCGUAAGCAGCAACGUCUCCUGGGACGGGACGGCAGCCGGAAGGGCGACGUGGACGCGGCCAUCGCGGGCCUCCUGGGCCUCGUCAACGCCGCCCCGGGACUCUGCUCCACCAGCUCCUGCGCCGGGAGACUCGUGCUCAGGGACCAGGAGACCGGGGGCCACGUGGUUCAGAAGCAGGGCUGUCGGUGGCUGCUGGUGACGCACGAGGACCUGCAGCUGGAUGACUUGGUGCGUGGGGCUCCACAGACUGACACCUGGCUCGCGAUGACGCCGAGGGUUGCAGGCGCUAGGGGCGCAAACGAGGUUCAUUGGUUCAUAGAGAUUUUUCACGUGGAGGGUCUGCGUAGAGCCACCGGAGAUGCCGUCUUCAAGUUCGAGCCGUUUGUGCUGCACGUCCACUGUCUGCGGCUGGAGGAAGCGCAGCUGCUGCACAUGGUGGCCGUGGAAUCUGGGUUCCGAAAUUCUGGAAUCACUGUCGGAAAAAAGGGGAAGAUCAUCGUGGCGGUGCGCAGCACGCACGCGCUGGAGGUGCCGCUGUGCCAGGCGGGGCGGCUGCUGGUGCCGCACGACUACCUCGCCUUCCUCGUCGCCAUCGCCAAUGGGAAGAUGGCCCAGAACCGCGAGCGGGUGGCCAGGUUCCAAGAGAAGCUACGGCAAGCGCUGGAGAACUCGGCCGCCGCGGCGAUGGCCGACGCUACCGAGCGACCCCACGACCCCGCGGGGACGGGGACGAGGAGGAAGAGUUGCCCGCAGCGACCCGGGAGGCCGACGGGCGACUCGAAGAGCGCAGACUUGAGGAGUCGGGCCCGCGAGCCAGACGGUGGGGUGGACGACGCCAUUGUGCAGGACCUGCGCAUCCUCCUGUAGGGCGCCGACCCGGUAGCCGCUCGUGACCCAAAGACAAAGAUGCCCCGUGCUGUCAGGCGGGGCAAGGGCUGUUCGUGAGCGGCACCUAUGAAGGCCGGCCCGGCACGCAAGGGGGUGGGUGGCCAGCACCACGCCCAGCCGCCUUUGUCACGUACUCAUUUGAUGCUGAGUCGACCGAGGGGAGGUCCAGAACCGGUUCAGAUAAUCGUCGCUGGUGUUGGCCGUGGGCUGGAAUUGAACUGGGGUCGCUGGGUUUGUAUCGCAGUGCGCUAACCACCGCGCCACCGCUCUCCGCUGCACUACUGCGGCUCGAGUUCCACGCUAACGUGCGCACGCAGGAACGAAGGUGGCGACCACACAACAGGCUGCGUCCAAUGCCACGGCAGCGCUCUCACUGCUGGGUUCUAUUUUUAGAGUUGCUGAGCACGGGCCCAAAGCAUGCAGCAGCCAGCAACAAGACGAUACUCUCAAGAGGUGUCAUCAAUAACGAGUCGACACUUGGAGACACAGAAGACGGGAGGGAAUUCCCGCUGAAUUCCACCUCUGAGAAUUGCAAUGUCGUUCUGACCAUCGCACGAUGCAGAGUGCUGCCCUCGGCUGUGUGUUGACUAGAGGUCAUUCAUUGUUAACUAAUCUCAGAGGGAGCUCUGUAAUAUCCGCUUCCGUGGGCCAUUAUCUAAACACGAAGGGUCGAUGCGGCACCCUGCUAGAUUCUUCGUCUCGAGUGAUGAUGUCGAUAGCACGAUCCAGAUAAACUUGGUAGGAAAACCGAUGGAAGACUUUUAUCCGAGGAUUGCCGGGUGGCGGGAGCGACCUCGGUCGCCGGUUCGACGCGACGGAUUUGGGGCCCCAGGAAUUUGCACGCGGGCGGACGACGCGGCUCGAGAACAAUGGGGGCUCUGUGGUCACGCGUGAGACUCCGCUGAGCCACCUGAUUUUAGCGAAAAUAACAAAACGAGGCCUGGACUCGGAGGGUACGUCCGUGUUUAUUUAUUUUGAACGGAGACGGCGGUGGCACCAUAAACAUUUGAAUCCUCAGCAGAGCAGCAGCGCCGCGAUCUGUUUUGUAUUAUUAAACUAAUUUUUGAAAAGA